UUUGACGUAUAAUGACAGGCGGUGAGUGAAUGAAUAUGAAUGCAUUCAAUUAUAUAGGAGUGCAUUGUACUGAAAAAUAGUGUAUUGCAUUAAAAAUAACAUUACUAACCAUUGCACUUGCCAAAUUAUGUCUAUGAGCGUAACCUUAACAGCACCAAUAGUCUAGAGUGCAUUAGUAUUGAAAAACCUACAUUACCUCUCAAAAUGGAUAUUAUAGAAAGAAUUUAUCGGAACAUUCGAGUACAGCUUUGCAACCUGCCGGCUACAGUGCCUAAAGCUGUGGAUUAUGUUAAUAAGUCAGUGCAAAAAGUGAAAAUACCACCAUUCACAAGGGACAAUGUGUUGUACUACUAUUUACCAAUGCAAGGUCUGGUCAGUUACACAACACUAUCAAUAUCUGUUAUGAAUCCUCAUUUAAUGGUCAGGUUAUUUCCACGACGAGAUGUCACUGACCUCUUGUUCCUAUCGGCUGGAGGUGGAGCAGGUCUAUGGCUCUGGGCCCGUCCCCACAUGGCAGCGGCAGUGCCAGCUAGAAGAUUCUCCUGGGCAUUCCUCGGGGGCUGCCUCUGGCCGCUCGGCUCAAUAUUCUUGUGGGCUAUACUGAGGAGCUCAGUUGGACAGAGGCCGGUAAUUGGCACUUUUCUCGGAGUGACCACAGGAGCAAUGCUAACUAAUAUUGCGCUUGACUACUUCCACUAUGUAGAGCUAAUGUUCUGCGGGGAGGUGCACCUUCCUGAUGAAGUGUACAGCCCUAAUAGUGAUGACGAGAAAUAUGACAUUGAUAUCUAAGAAGUGAAGUCAUCUGUGUCAAUGUAUAAAUGAUGUAAAUAGUGUUAAUGUUAAGGUUGAGCAGUUAAAUCAGAUAUCAAGAUGAUUGAAGCAAUAUAGCUAAAGAAAUGACCCAGAUCAUGAGGAAUUACG